AUGAAAAAAGGCUAUAAAGUGACUGAUGUUCGACGAGAAAAGAAAAUUGGUGUCGCCGCUGAGAACCUUGAGGAAUUGAUCCAGAAGUCUUAUAAAAAACUCGGUUUCAAUGUCAGUAGUGCCGAUUGUCGAUUGUUUGUGGCCGAGGACGGGACGCUGGUGGACGACGAUGACUAUCUGCGCACUUUGCCUCCUCAGACGCUCUUUAUUCUGUUAAAGAGCACUGAGAAAAUGGUAACUGAUUUCGACUUUUACUAUAAUAUGAUCAGAUCGACAAAGAAGGAGUACAUUGAUACAGGAAGAGCUGCCAAAGAGUUUCUCAGCACUAAUAUGAAAGAGAAGUUCCGUCUGUUCCAGAAAUACAUUGCAGCCGCUGAUGAUGCGCGCACCAUGCUUAGUGAGCGUAAGCAAGAUCCCAAUUGGUUUGAAGGUUUGGAGUCCUCAGAAAAAACCAAAGAACAAUCUAUGUCAAAACGUGUCAAAGACCGUAUGAGGGGAUAUUACUACAAAACCAAAAGUGCACUGCAGGCAUCCGAGCUCUAUGUGCAUUCACGUAAUUGGCGCGGUAAGAAACUGAUAGAUCAGUUCCUUCUGGAUCUUCGGAAACUUCUUGAAUCUAAUAAGUACAAUGAGACGUAUUUUAAUCGAAAAGCCAACGAAGACGAUCGUUUAUGCGAUGAAAAGGGACUAUUCGUUUGCAAUGGUCUCUGGAACAACAACAAAUGCGAAUACGAGGGCGAACAUGUCAUAAAUCCUUACCGAAGUCGAGAGGAAAGGAUUAUAUUCCAGACUUGGAAUUUGGACCACAGGAUUGAACUAUCCAGGUCCAUAAUACCGAAGAUAUUGGAAGCUAUCGUGGCUUUAUAUAAAGGGGAUAUUAAAUGUAUAUCAUGCGAGAAAGAUUUUAAGAGGGGCGGCGUCGAGACUGAUCGGUAUUAUUUACAGAUUUUCACUCGUGAGAAUUUAAAACUGGUGCACAUUGUUUGCCAUUAUAAAGGGAAACAUGACACUAAUUCUGACGUGUACACGGUAUGUAAUAAAUGUUUCAGGGGUCAGAGCAUUGAGUUCUGUAACUAAGUUUUUACAACUUGAAGAAUGAAGUUACGAACUUGAUUUAGAGGCAUCAUUGUCUUAU